AUGUAUCUUGGUGAAAGAGGAUAUUCCAGGGGUGAGACUGAUAAGACACUACUCAUAAAUAGAACCAGCACUGAUCUCAUCGUAGCUCAAAUUUAUGUUGAUGACAUCAUCUUUGGUGGAUUUCCUAAAACACUUGUUAAUAAUUUUAUUAACAUAAUGACAUCAGAAUUCGAAAUGAGCCUAGUAGGUGAACUGUCUUGCUUUCUGGGGUUGCAGAUCAAACAGAGAAGUGAGGGAAUGUUUAUGUCACAAGAGAAGUAUGCCAAGAACUUAGUUAAGAAGUUUGGUCUGGAUCAGUCACAGUACAAAAGGACUCCAGCUGCGACUCAUGCUAAAAUUACCAAGGAUACGGUAGGUACUGCAGUCGAUCAUAAAUUGUACAGAAGCAUGAUUGGAAGCCAUUUAUAUUUGAAAGCAAGCAGACCUGAUAUUGCUUAUGCUGUGGAAAUAUGUGCUCGGUAUCAGUCAGAUCCAUGUACCUCUCAUUUAAAUGCUGUUAAACGAAUAAUAAAAUAUGUUCACGGAACAACUGAUUUCGGGAUUCUGUACUCCUACGAUACAUUCUCCAAGCUGGUGGGAUAUUGUGAUGCAGACUGGGCAGGUUCUGCUGAUGAUCGGAAAAGCACUUCUGGUGGAUGUUUCUUUCUUGGAAAUAAUCUUGUUUCAUGGUUCAUGAAAAAGGUUACUGCCCCUGAUGUUGUUCCUCAAAAAUUUGUUGAUCAUGUCUUGUCUGAUCACUCUCAAGAGAGUUCGUCGUCUGAGGGUUCUCCUAUUUCGGACAUCGCUGCUCCGUCUGACUCACAUGCUGCUCCGCAUGCUGCAUCUAAUGUACCUGAAGGAGGAACUGAAGCUCGAAGUGAAGAAACCCCUCUUGAUAAUGUCGACGGUGUUGAGCCUGUUGCCCCUGGUGAUCAUAAUGACGAAGUUCCUGUUGCUGAUACUGUCGAUCCAAAGUGCUCAACAAGAAACUCCAUCAAUUCCUAA